AUGAUUAAUACCGCUAUUUGCAAAAUAUGCUUUGUACUCUUCACAUUGUUCACUGUAGCAUUAUGCAUAGCAAAGUCUGAAGCAGAGAUUGAGCAGCCUAAAACAUUACGUGGAGGCAUAUUAAGGAAAUCUGAAAACUGUAAGCAUAAAGUGUCAGGCAAUUCGAAAGUUAAACUACACUAUCGUGCUCGCGUCUGGGGAUCAGAUGAAUUCUAUGAUAAUACAUAUCUUGCAAACGAGCCUCUUCAAUUCAAACUAGGUGAGAUACUGGUUUACUAA